UCUAACCUAAAAGUUCAAACAUUCGUAAUCUUAUUAAAAUUGUAAAGUUAAAAUGUCUCAGUUAAUAAAUACUUUCUUAAGGAAUCCUCUCCUAAAGAGUGUAAGAUUACAUGUGCCAUGCCGGAUGAUCCAGUUUACUCCAGUCCAACAACUGUACGCGCCAGCAGCCCUAGGAAUCGAUGGCUACCUUCAUGCCAGGAGGAGAAUCAAGGAACAAUUCGCAAACUUUACCGAUAAAUUCAGGACAAAGAUGACAGAGUUUGUGGGCGACACCAAGAACAUGGUGUUUACAGAGGAUCUGAAGAAUAUGGUGCAUAUUGCUGAGCCUUCAGAUUUGGAAUUGUGUCUUAAAAUGAUUAAAAAAUUCAACACACAAAGUUCCGAGUAUCGAUUUGGAUCCUUUGUGUUUGGGCCUGUGGUAAUGAGGAUGUUCCAUUUUCUGGAUGCACCUAAUGAAGCUUUAAAGUGUUUUGAAGACCCAGAAAAUGGUGGUUUUUUCGACCAACUAGUCACAUACCAGAUACUAUUGGACCUGUUAUACAGCCACCAGAUGUAUGAUGACAUGUACAGGGUGUUUGAGAGAGUGAAAGAACGCCAGAUUAACAUGUCCAAGUAUCCAAAGUAUCCAGUAGUUUUAAUUCUUGCAGCUUGUUAUAAACAGAAUACACCACAAAGUAUGGAAUAUGCGUCAAAGUUAUGGUCCGAGAUGAGCAAAACAGGCACUGUUCCACUAAGAAGAGCAUGCACAUUCUUUGCUGCAUUGGCCCUUAAGCAGGGCGCCCCCCACAUAGCACUAGAGUCGAUAUCGUCACAGAAACAACAUUAUGUCACAAUUCGAAACAUCAAGGCAACAGCGUUAGCGGCCAUGGGCAGAGUUGAUGACACAUUACCAGUGCUUCGAGCUGUACUGGACAUAGACUCGCCGCAGCAGAAGGACAAACACACAUUCUUCGAAGAAACUAUAUCAAAAGUAAAGGAGGCAGUGGAGAAGAGCGAGAACAAAGACCUGAAGAAGGAGUUCGACGAUAUCCACAAAGCGUUGGUUGAUCGGCAAUUAAUAGAUUCGAAACAGACGCUGGAUAUGCUGCUGAACGCCGAGAUCACGGGGGUGAAGAAGACAGACGGCCCCGGCAGCGGCAUGCCUUCAUACAAAAAGCAAAUGCCCUACGGACUGAGGCAGAAGAGGCGUAGCUAAUAUAAUAAAGUCGAUAUUAUUACACUUGAAUGCAUCUUGUCUGACACAUCCUUUACAGUGUGACAUAAAAUAGUGGAAUAUAAAUGAGGGCGCCACUUUCUACGUAACUGUCACAUUUUUGACGUAAAAUUCUUAACCCUUAAUGUCAGUUUUACUCUUCGAAUAUAGAACAUGUUUGAAGUGCCGUAUGUGGGAAAUAUAUAUCCCUUAGCCUGGUUAAGGGGUAAACAUGGCAACAAUUUGGUGUGGAAUUUUUUCACUUAAAUUUUAUUAAAUUUUUACUAUUUUAUGCCGCACUGUACCGUUAGGUAGAUAUUUGAACGGAUUAUUUUGUUGUAACUGUCCUCAAGUAAUUUCAACAGCAGAGCGAUUGGCGCUUACAUAAAAGCACCGCAGUUGUAUUGAAGUAUCGUAAUUUACACGUUCAGUGCGGGAUGGGGUCGAUAGAUCCGAUGCAAAGUAUGCUUAAUUACAAGUUACACUAAUUGCUGCAGCGACGGUGUUAAAAAUGACGUAAACACUAAUCAGUCCAUUUUUUAUAUGGAGUGAACAUUGACUUUUAUAUUAAUUCGUAAAGACGUGCCUUACGGGCACUACGAAUGGUGUCAGAACAGCGGUGUCACGUACACGAAUUCGAGCCAAUCGUCCAGGGCUAUAACCGCGAAAAUCGAAGUUCGCAAAUUGCGGGCAUUUUUCUCUAUCACUCUAAUUACGCCUUCAUUGGAGUAAAAGAGAAAGAUCCCCGCAAUUUGCGAAUUUCGGUUUUCGCGGUAGCCGGCCCUCAGUCCCCCGUCCCGUCCCUGAAGUCAAAGGUAGUGAAUGAAUUAGUUAGUCAUUCAUUUGUUAAAUUCUGUAAUAUUUGUAAUUAUGCAAUAUAAUGUAAUUUGUGAGUAAUUAAAUAGGAAUUGAUAGAUACCUGUCAAAAAACCGUUCCAAAAUAUUUUCUUUACCGUGCUUUCGUGAUUUAAUUUGUUAUAAAAGUGUAGGUACUUUUUCAAAUGGCGUUUUCGAACUUUGAGGUUAGAAUACAGCGAAAACUAGUGAAAACUGUAUCAAUUACUCGUAAUCCACACUGUAAAACACUAUACGUAGGCAAUCUACAUUGCAAUAAACUAAAACGACCAUAAUUUGUAAAAAAAGUCCAUGUAAGUGAUGUUACUGAUGUUUUAGUAGAUAUUCAUAUAAAAAUAGUAAUUAACAAAUAAAUAAAUUGAUAAACAAAA